AUGCCUAUCGCAAUCCCCAAAGCCUCCUCCCUCAAAGACUUGUUCUCCCUCAAAGGCAAAGUCGUCGUCGUAACCGGUGCCUCGGGCCCCCGCGGCAUGGGCAUUGAAGCAGCACGCGGCUGUGCCGAGAUGGGCGCCAACCUCGCAAUCACCUACUCGUCGCGUCCUGAAGGCGGCGAGAAGAACGCCAAGGAGCUGGCCGAGACAUACGGCGUCAAGGUCAAGGCCUACAAGUGCGAUGUUGGGAACUGGGAAUCCGUCUCGGGCUUUGUCGCCGAGGUCAUCAAGGAGUUCGGCCAGAUCGACGCCUUCAUUGCGAACGCCGGGCGUACGGCUGAUAGCGGCAUCUUAGAGGGCAGCGUCGAGGCCUGGAACGAGGUCAUCCAGACGGAUCUCAAUGGAACUUUCCACUGCGCCAAGGCAGUCGGUGCACAUUUCAAGGAGCGCGGAACGGGGUCGUUCGUUAUCACGGCGAGUAUGUCGGGUCACAUUGCCAAUUUCCCGCAGGAGCAGACGAGCUACAAUGUCGCAAAGGCCGGGUGCAUUCAUAUGGCGCGCUCGCUGGCCAACGAGUGGCGUGACUUUGCGCGUGUCAACUCCAUCUCGCCGGGUUACAUUGAUACGGGGCUGAGUGAUUUCGUCGACGUCAAGACGCAGGAUCUGUGGAAGAGCAUGAUUCCCGUGGGGCGGAACGGGGAUGCCAAGGAGUUGAAGGGCGCAUAUGUGUACUUGGUCUCGGAUGCGAGUACGUACACGACUGGUGCUGAUAUUGUCAUUGAUGGAGGAUAUGUCUGCCGAUAG